AUGAAUGAUACAAGCACUACCUUUGCUAGCUUGACGUCGACAACCGCAAUGUUUGUUUCGCCAACAACAACGGCCAAUACGACAUUGACUUUCGCCAGGAAUAGCGGCAAUGCGACGGCUCCGCUCGAUAUAUUCGCUUUAGUUUGCAUGUUUCUCCUCUUUGUGAUCGGUGUUUGCGGCAACUUGUUUACUAUCGCCAUUCUUAGGUUCGUAAAGAAAGGGCCUGCGACGGCGUACGACCUAAUGCUGAUAUCACUCAGCGUAAGUGACCUUGUUUGUGUCAUUGUUGUGCCUGCGAUGUUCGCAUACGGAACACUUACAAAUUUCCAAAGAUGGGAUUUCGGAAUGGUAGGAUGCAAAGUUCUGCUGUCAGUUUUGCCUAUCAAUGUAACUAUUUCGCAAUGUAUUCUAAUGCUCAUGUCUGUCGAUAGAUAUCGCGUAAUUUCGAAACCAUUUGCUCGAAACGGCAUUACGAAAUCGCGUACGAUCGUGUGCGUGAUCUCAUUUGUGUUCCUUGGGACUCUGCUAGCCGGGCCUAAAUUUCACGCAUUGGAGCUUCAUUCAGUCGAAGGUUCGUCAAAGCAAAUGUGUAAUCCAGUAGGCCACAAAAACCUCUAUACGUUGUCCUACGCUUUUACCAUGUUCAUUCGCGACAUCGUGUCGACAACGAUUAUAGGGAUCACAGGACGCAAGAUAGGCACGGCACUAGUCACAAAUUCAAACAAUCUGGCAAAACAUGGCUACAUGGGCACGAAAAUGGCCAAUAGACUUGAUCAUGUAAACAGCACGCGUCGAAUGCUGCGUUUAAUGCUGGUUGUUUUCAGCGUCUGCACGAUUCCGCUCGAUACUUUUCAACUUUGCUUUUACAUUGCUUUGCAAGUGGACGGAGCAAGCGUCAACGCGCAAGUUUUCGCGUGGCUUCGCAGUGUUAAUACAGUACUGUAUCUCUUUCAAACAUCGAAUGCCGCUGUAAACGUUUUCAUCUAUGGAGCGCGGCAUCGCGACUUUCGUCCGGUUUUGGAGAGGAUCGGCGCGGCAAGAAGAUCCUUGUUCCAUGCAAUUUUCUCCUGUGCCAGUGAUGGAAAUCUUACUCAAAGCCGUCAAAGAGGAAACAUAUUCGUGCAUGUUUCACGACAGCAAACUGUUCCAGGUAUGCAGAUGGUUGCGCUCAACAACGAUGUCGUUUCUCAGCGCGCUUCAAGUCGGUGA